CAAUGUAUUUUUGAGUUAAAACCUGUUGUUUCCUUCUUUCUUCUUUUUUUUGGUCUGGUUGAUGACGCAGUGUCCCAACAACCAAUUACGUGAAGGCAAACAAUGCACAUGCAGUUGUCCCAUUGCCCCAAUGUGUGUGUCUGUCUCUCUCUCUCUGUGUGUGUGUGUGUGUGUGUGUGUGUGUGUGUGUCAGCUGCUGUCAGGACUGAAGAUCACUCACUGAAAUCAUCAGGAUUCAGGUUGUGUGUCUCUUCAAGCUCUGUAAUGUCAGAUCAAGUUAAAGAGCUCGUGUCAAAGUGUCUCCAGGCUCGGGACAUGGCUUACUGUCCAUACAGCCGCUUCCCUGUCGGUGCUGCCAUACUGACAGCAGAUGGCGCCAUAAUCACAGGCUGUAACGUGGAGAACGCCUCCUACGGCCUCACGGUGUGUGCCGAGCGCACGGCCGUCCAGAGAGCUGUGGUGGAGGGACACACACAGUUCAGGGCCAUCGCUGUGACAUGCGACAUCAAAGAUCGCUUCGUCGGUCCGUGUGGAGCCUGUCGACAGGUUCUUAUGGAGUUUGGAUCCGACUGGAUCGUGUACUUGGCCAAGCCGGACGGAUCGUACAAAGAAACCAGCCUCAGUGAACUUCUACCUCUCGCCUUCUCAUCGGCACAUCUCGCAAAGAACUAAUGAUGGAUUCUCAAAAGUUACACUGAUGUUAUUGUUAUGAGGAAUUAGGAGGUUUGUUAUCAUCUUCUUUUGAAGUUGAUUUAUAGAAAAUAACACUUCAGCAAUAAAGUGUAUUUUUUUACCUUAAA